GUUUGAGUAGGGUGAGAGUGAAGGUUUGUUGGAUGGCAAAGAGUGAUGUUUACUUCUCAUAACUACUUCUACCACGCAUUUAUUUGGCCUUGACCACGUUUCUACAUUCAAAAGUUCAAGGAAAAUCCAUUUCAUCGCGUCUUUCAUUGACUGCAGACAUUUCACUAUCAACAAUCAUUUUCAUCCGACGUUCACCUGACUGUUCUCCAAAAAUGAACAUCACAAAACCAUAUGGAUUCAGCAGUUACUCUUUCCCUGAGCAUGUGAUGCCAGUGGAAUUGGCCAUGCAUGCGCAGGUUAGCCCACCGGUGUCUCAGCUCCUUGGCAUGUCCGCUCUCAGGUCCUCUUCAUCCAACAUAUCCUCACCGGAGCUUCAAAGAGCAAGACUUUCACCUCCUUCCCCAUCAUCUUCACGGUCUUCCUCCAGUUCUAGCAGCUCCCUGUCCUCGUACUCUCCUGGCCGCGGCACACUACGCAAGAAGAAGCAAGUUGUAUUUGCUGAUGCUAAAGGUCUCGCUCUUGCCACCGUGCGCAUCUUCACCACUGACCCUUCGGAGACGGAAACUGAAGAUGCCCCACAACCAGAGGAGAGCGUGAAGGCUAGAGCACCCAUGCAGAGUGCGAGACUGCGACUGAAGCUUGGUUUUCCACAGCCUAUUGCAGACCGUGCAAGCUUGAAGGAAACCUUAGUGCAGUUGGAGAGCUGUAGCUUGACCGAAAGGGUGUUGAGCGGAACUGUACGGGUCUGCAACAUUAAGUUCGACAAGACUGUCGUUGUCCAUAUAACUUUUGACUCAUGGCGAAGCCACAAAGAAAUUGCAUGCACUUAUGUGAGGGAACCACAUGCAACUUUGGAGACCGACUUGUUUGCUUUUAAUGUGUCUCUACCAUCUGAGCUGGACCCAAAGGAGCGCGUGGAAUUCUUAGUGGUGUUCCGACCCGGCAAUAGCAAUUUGAAACUUGUAGACAAUAACAAAGGUAAAAACUACCAGAUUCAUGUGGAAAACAUGGCACCGGAACCUCAGCUAAUGACGCCAAGCAGGCGGAACGUUGUGGAAAACGUGGCACCAGAACCUCGGCUAGUGACACCAAGCAGGCGGAACUUUGUGGAAAACGUGGCACCAGAACCUCGCCUAGUGACACCAAGCAGGCGGAACUUUGUGGAAAACGUGGCACCAGAACCUCGCCUAGUGACGCCAAGCAGGCGGAACUUCGUUAUACGAAGUCCUCAGCGUCUUUCAGCAUGGCCCGGGGUCAAAAGUCAUGAUCUACAGAAGAUGAAAAUCCUGCCAUGCAAAGGCCCACAUUACCCGGACCGUCUGGUACUCAGGACCUGGGGAAGAAUGGCAAAUGUUGCUCCGUUGUGUUAAGAUGGGACUGAGACACAUGUGCCGUCCACAUUUCUACUUGAUCUCUAUUAGAUUUAAUUGCGAAUUCAACGAAGUACAAAAAUGACUUUUUUGCACCCCAGUGUUGUACAUAUCCCUUACUUGAAUGGACUAUCUUGUUCAGUGCUUGCUAGUUUGCACAUGCUGCUGAAGAAGUGAAAUGUGAAUGUUUACUAUGAUACUUUUAUAUAAGUUUGAAUUAGUUUUAAUUUGCACAUUACACUUAAUAAUACAAUAACAGAAGUUUUAUGGGACUCUCUUUCCCUAUUGUCACCUGCCUUUCCUGUGUCUGAAGAGGUAAAUUGAUAUGUAAAAGUGAAGCAUAAAAGAAUCCUUUGUAUAUAUGUAUAUAUAAUUAUGUAUUUAUUUUGAAGUCUCUCAUUAAAAAGAAACUGCUUUCCAUGAA